GAAGAGAAUAUGGAUUUUAAUAAUGAAUAUUUGGGCAAACAAUUAAUUUUAAAGAGAAAUAAACCAAUAAUUCUUGAUAAUACAUUUAACGAAACUUUUGUUUAUUUAACAACAGAAUAUCUUCAAAUAGAGAGUUCAAAUCUUCCAACAAACAAAAUCCAAUUCCUUGUAUGGCAUCCAAAAGGGGGUAUUAUUCAAUAUUUAAAUAACAAUGAAGUAAUUAAUGAUGCUAAAACAAUUAUUAAUUUUACUCAAGAAGAUAUAAAUAAAGGAAGGAUUAUUUUUAACUUCAACAAUAUUUUACAACAGAAUUCUGAUAAAGAAAAAGAAGAAAUAGCCGGCUUUUAUUUUCUCUAUUCUGAUGGAAUUAUUCAAAAUAAUGUAGAAUGGUUUUCAAUUCAACAAAAAACAAAAAAUAUCGAAGAAAAUAAUAAAUUUGAAAAUAAAAUCCCAACAAAAUUAGAAAAUUUUGAAUUAGAAAGAAAUUUAAUUUUAAAGACAACACCCGGUUUUCCUGCAAUUAUUGGACAAGAAAUACUUAAAGUGGCAGGGAAUAUUGAUUCUAAUCAAGUAAUCUAUCGUUUGACUACCCCUCCGAAUCAUGGUCGUUUGGUAAUUUUUUUAAAAAUAUUUUGA